AUGAAGAUGGAACCAGCUUGAAUUCAAGCAUCCUGGCAGCACUUCAAAAAAUGCAGGAUGGCUAUUUUGGUGGGGCAAGGAUUCAAACAGGCAAAUUGUCAGAGUUUUUAACAACAUCUUGCUGCACACACUUGAGCUUCAUGGACCCUGGACCUGAGGGUAAGCUGUACAGUGAAGAUUAUGAUGACAACUAUGAUGAGCUGGAAUCAGGCGACUGGAUGAAUGGCUAUGAUUCAACCAGUAAUGCUCGCUGUGGUGAUGAAGUUGCUCAUUAUUUAGAUCAACUUUUGGCAUACACUGCUCCCCAUCCUAAACUAGCCCCUAUCUCCCAGAAGGGAGGGCUAGAUCGGUUCCGAGCUGCUGUGCAAACAACCUGCAACUUAAGGUCCUUGGUGACCAAGGCCAAGGAGCUGCAUGUACAGAAUGUUCACAUGUAUCUUCCUACGAAGUUAUUUCAGGCUUCCUGGCCUUCAUUCAACUUACUUGACUCAACUCAUCCCUCACAGGAGGACCAGGUUCCCUCUGUUCAUGUGGAAAUACAUCUUCCUAGAGACCAGUCAGGGGAGGUGGACUUCAAAGCACUAGUUUUACAGUUGAAGGAGACCUCAAGUUUACAAGAACAAGCUGAUAUCCUCUACAUGCUGUAUACUAUGAAAGGACCUGACUGGGACACUGAAAUGUAUGAUGAAGGGAGUGCUACAGUCAGAGAGCUUCUUAUUGAACUGUAUGUCAGAGUUGGGGAAAUUCGUCACUGGGGCCUGAUCCGAUACAUCUCUGGGAUCUUAAGGAAGAAAGUGGAAGCACUUGAUGAGGCCUGCACAGACCUUCUCUCCCACCAGAAACACUUAACAGUGGGACUCCCUCCAGAACCUCGAGAAAAGACCAUCUCUGCACCUCUGCCCUAUGAGGCGCUUACUCAGCUAAUAGAUGAAGCCAGUGAAGGGGACAUGAGCAUUUCGAUCCUUACACAGGAAAUAAUGGUAUAUCUAGCCAUGUAUAUGCGAACUCAGCCUGGCCUGUUUGCUGAAAUGUUUCGACUUCGAAUUGGUCUGAUCAUACAAGUUAUGGCAACAGAACUGGCCCACUCCCUUCGAUGCUCAGCUGAGGAAGCCACAGAAGGCCUGAUGAAUCUCAGCCCUUCAGCCAUGAAGAACCUCCUGCAUCACAUUCUCAGUGGCAAGGAGUUUGGAGUGGAACGAAGUGUUCGUCCCACUGAUUCAAAUGUCAGUCCUGCUAUUUCUAUCCACGAGAUUGGUGCUGUUGGAGCAACCAAAACGGAACGUACUGGGAUCAUGCAGUUAAAAAGUGAGAUAAAGCAGGUGGAAUUUCAUAGACUGUCUAUCUCAGCAGAGAGCCAGUCACCUGGAACCUCUGUGACUCCAACUAGUGGGUCCUUUCCUAGUGCAUAUGGUCAACAGACAUCUAAAGAUAGUCGUCAAGGUCAAUGGCAACGCCGAAGAAGGCUGGAUGGAGCACUGAAUAGAGUCCCAGUUGGAUUUUAUCAAAAAGUAUGGAAGGUUUUGCAGAAGUGUCAUGGACUUUCUGUGGAAGGUUUUGUUCUUCCAUCUUCAACUACUAAGGAGAUGACUCCAGGCGAGAUUAAAUUCUCUGUUCAUGUGGAAUCUGUCCUGAAUCGUGUACCUCAGCCAGAGUACCGCCAGCUUCUGGUUGAAGCUAUCCUUGUCCUCACCAUGCUGGCAGACAUUGAAAUUCAUAGCAUUGGAAGCAUCAUUGCUGUGGAAAAAAUAGUGCAUAUUGCCAAUGACUUGUUCCUUCAAGAACAGAAAACUCUCGGCGCAGAUGACAUCAUGUUGGCAAAGGAUCCUGCAUCUGGCAUCUGUACUCUUCUGUAUGACAGUGCACCUAGUGGCAGGUUUGGCACCAUGACCUACCUCUCCAAGGCAGCUGCCACCUACGUGCAGGAGUUCCUGCCACACAGCAUCUGUGCCAUGCAGUGAAGGCUUUGGGUCCAGGCUGCUAGGAGUCUUUUGACAGCUGGUCCCUGCCUCAGUUAAUUGUGCAUGGAACUGAAAUGUUAUUGCCUGAUCACUCCUAUCCUGCCCCCUUCUAUCCCAUCCCUCCCAAGAAGAGAGAACUUUUCAGAUAAACUAACUGCCUUAGGAGAGGUGGACCUUUACCUGGAGGCUCACCUCCAGUGUGCAUAUGGUCAACCAGGCCUUUCAUUAUUGGCUUAAUUCUUUGAUGGUUCAUAAAAGUUUGCAUGUGGUUUUUUUUCCUCCAGAUCUGUUACCAACUUCAUUUUCUAACUCCUGUUUGGGGAGCAGGUAUUAAUAACAACUUAUUCCUAAAGUCUGUGUUUUCUUGUGUGUGGUUUUAUUGUGUGUAUGAGUGGUAGGUCCUUUGGGGCAUUAUUUCAAGUGAGUAAAUCCUAAAUUGUUGCA